AUGACAAGAACUUUUCUCUCAACUGAGGCCGUUUUUGUCUCAAAUCGAGUCGCUGCUAGACGGCUAAUGAGUCGCAGUUGCUAUGGCGCACCAGGAAGUGGCAACACUGGAGGUGAUGUCGAAGAUGAUGAAAUUGACGGUCCUGAAAUCGCUCGUCUUAUGCGACGUUUCUGGCCUCGGGAUCUCAAUUUCUUUGGUGGUAGUGGAAACACUAGUGGGGGAUCACGAUCCCUUCGAAAUUCCAAAUCCUCUUUGUCAUCGACAGCAAAUCAACCUGCUUCACUGAAUCUUCGCGGUGAUGGUGGUAUAAUUUCUUUAAAAUGCCAUCUCAUUCUCAAAAUUGCUGUUCAUCCUAUUCACUUACUAUUUCAUUCCACUUUAGAUGGAAACAAAUCCGCUCCAGACUGCUUUGCUGGGGACUUUGAAUCUCCAUUGGAACUGGACUGGGAUCAUGAACCUGGAGCUUACGCCGGCCCCCAACGACAUUCAUCAUUCCGAGGUCGAGGAAGCGUCAAAUCCUGGUAUACAUCUCCCUUCGAGGACUCCCUUCUUGACACUACAACUUCCGUGGCAGCUAACGGUGCUGUUGGCGCAUCCCGAUCUCGUAACUGUCGUACUCUUCCAUUCUCCACUGGAAAAGAAUCUGCCUUGAUGACCCAAUCUGCCUGUUUUUCUGGUCAAAUGGUCGAUUCAGGCUUUGCCGAUCCAUGA